AUGUCGGAGCGAGCCGAUUCAGCUGAACGCUGGUUGAAUGUCGAUGGUCUUGUGCUGAAAAGGGUGGAAUCAAUGCUGAAUAAUAUGCCGGCUCCUGGCAGCGAGGGCUUUCAAGACCUCACAGAUUUCAGCUUCGAAGCCAUUCGGAACGGUGGGUUGCAUACCUUCCAACAUCUCCCUCAGGAAGUUUCUCAUCUGAGACGACAAGUGGAGGAGAUUGUCGACACAUUGACUACGAUCCGUUAUGGAGUUGACACGGAAGGCGGUGUUCGCUACAUUCGCACAGGCUUCGUGUUUCCUCGGGAGAAGCAACUGCUCAAUCUUCCUGCUUAUGUGCAACACGAUACUGGAUAUGCUCUGUCACAAGUGGAGCAGCAUCGUUGCAUGUUUGUCAAUGGCCUCAGUGAAGCCGAGACGGCCCGUUUUGACGAUUUUGUUAUGGCCCUUGGCUGCCUGUACACACAGACCUUGCUCGAUGGCUGU